CCCCGCUCCCCGCUAGCCUCGCCUCCGUCGCGGACUCUGCCUGGCGGGAUGGAGUGACCGCCCGAGCCGAGCCGAACAGAGCCGAGCCAAGCCGAACCCCCGGAGGACCCGCUGCUCGCUCGCUCGCCCGGGGCCCAUGCGGCCCCUCAGAGACCAUGGCGUCCCGCAUUAAGCAAAACCCAGAAACAACAUUUGAAGUCUAUGUUGAAGUGACCAAUUCGGCAGCAGCGGGUUCAGAUCCCGAGGUGCGGAGCCGAUUCCCGACGGACUACAGCGACCAGGAAAUUCUACAGACUCUGGCCAAGUUCUGCUUCCCCUUCUAUGUGGACAGCCUCACAAUCGGCCAAGUUGGCCAGAACUUCACUUUUGUGCUCACCGACAUUGACAGCAAGCAGAGGUUUGGCUUCUGCCGCUUAUCUUCGGGGGCCAAGACUUGCUUCUGUAUCUUAAGUUACCUCCCAUGGUUUGAAGUCUUUUAUAAACUGCUCAACAUCUUGGCAGACUAUUCCGCAAAGGGCCAGGAGAGCCAGUGGUAUGAACUUCUAGAAAUGCUUUAUAAACUACCCGUCCCUGAGCCAGCCACAUCUGUUCAUCUCAGUGUGCACUCUUACUUCACUGUGCCUGACAACAGAGAACUUCCCAGCAUCCCUGAAAAUAGAAAUCUGACGGAGUAUUUUGUCGCUGUAGACGUGAACAACAUGUUGCAACUCUACGCCAGUAUGCUGUACGAACGGCGCAUCCUUAUUUGCUGCAGCAAACUGAGCACUUUAACCGCCUGUAUCCAUGGCUCUUCCGCUAUGCUUUACCCAAUGUUUUGGCAACAUGUUUACAUUCCUGUCCUGCCGCCACAUCUCUUGGACUACAGGCUUGCGCCAAUGCCCUACCUCAUAGGAAUACACCUAAGCCUGGUGGAGAAAGUGCGAAACAUGGCCCUGGAAGAUGUCGUCCUCCUCAACGUUGACACUAACACACUGGAAACUCCUUUUGAUGAUCUUCAGAGCCUGCCAAAUGAUGUGGUCUCCACACUGAAGAGCAGGUUGAAAAAAGUCUCCAUGACUACUGGAGAUGGUGUGGCCAGGGCGUUCCUGAAGGCCCAGGCUGCGUUCUUUGGGAGCUACAGAAGCGCACUGAAGAUUGAACCCGGGGAGCCGAUCACGUUCUGCGAAGAAACAUUUGUCUCCCACCGGUCUGCCACCAUGCGACAGUUCCUACAGAGCGCAACACAGCUGCAACUUUUCAAGCAGUUUAUUGAUGGCCGCCUUGAUCUUCUCAACUCCGGAGAAGGUUUCAGCGAUGUCUUUGAGGAAGAGAUCAACAUGGGUGAAUAUGCCGGUAGUGACAAGUUGUAUCUCCAGUGGCUGUCAACAGUUAGGAAAGGAAGUGGCGCCAUUUUGAAUACCGUCAAGACCAAGGCCAACCCUGCCAUGAAGACAGUCUACAAGUUUGCAAAAGAUCAUGCAAGGAUGGGACUAAAGGAGGUGAAAAACCGCUUGAAGCAAAAGGACGUUGCAGAAAACGGCUGCUCCGCAGUGCCUGAAAACUCUUUGCCAUGGACAACUCCGUCCCCACUGGCCGAGCAAAGAGACCCCAGACUCCACCAGGACAGAAGGCCAAUCUCGGCGCACUUUGGGCAGGUCCGCCCCCCCAGACCCCACGUGGCCAGGAGGCCCAAAAGCAACGUUGCCACUGAUGGCCAGCGGACUUCCAUCUCCAGCCCAGACCACCUGGUAAAGCCUACACGCCACUAUACGGUUUUUCUCUCCGAGGACUCUUCCGGCGACGAGUUCCCGCAGGAAGACGACCCUGGCUCUGCCUUCUCUGACAGUUUCCUCUUCUCUGCUCCCUUUGAAUGGCCUCAGCCUUACCAUGCCCUGAAGGAGUCCAGGAGCGCAGAUAGCGAAGGGAGUGUCAACCCUGAGAGCCUUCAAGAUGGUGGAAAUGCCGACCCACCCACACCAGACAGCCCUGUGGAAAUAAAUCUCCUGGGAGGCAUAUUCUCGGGCCUGGAGGUAGAGCCUCCAUCCCUGCUGCUCAGCCAAGCCAAGAGCUUAGAAGACUUGAGGAUUCCCCAGGAUGAAGGGGACAACCAGGGGACCUUUGACUACCAGCGGAUGAAUCCUGGCUUUUCCGAAAGGAGCUGGAUUUCUCCAGGGAUGAAAUUUUCUCACCCCUACAAGCAACUAUGGGGCCUGGGCCAGGAUGACAUGGCCAUUCCCACCAAGUAUUCCCAAAGCUCCCCGGAGAGGCCCUUGACUGCUCUUGAGGACACGUCCAUCGCCCCACGGAGGCCAUGGAGCAAAGACUCCAUGCCGGAUCUCCCCGAGAAGGACGUUGGCACCUUGGCUGGCACUCCAGGCAACAUCACAAUCCCACGGCCGCAGGGCCGGAAGACGCCAGAGCUGGGCGUCGUCCCGCUGCCACCUGUGCCCAGGCUUGCCAAGCAACAGGCGCUGCUCGAAACCGCCACCUGCCUUGCCGGACACAGUGACUUGGCUUCGGAGCUCAUGCGGGACACUUUUGCACCCGGAAACGUCUCUCCGGACCCUGAAUUCUGGCAGCAGCCAGCUGGUUUCGCCCCUCCCCAGCGCCAGCUCUUGUCCAGCGACGGCCGUGGCACGCAACUACUUCAGCCGGUCAAGGUCUGUGUGGAGGACCUGAGCGGCAACAACGACUCUCUCCUUGCCUUCCUAGAUCCGUUGAAAGCGGGGAGUUGCCUGCUAGGGUCGGCGCCGCCCAGUCUCACAACUGGCUUCCCGGCAACAGCAGGCGACCUCAUGCCACCCAGGCCGCCACUGGGAUACCCUCCCUCUGCCGCGCCAUUUGUGCCAGCAUCUCUCAACCCGUUUGUGCAGACCACGCCAACCCCCGUCCCAUUCUCCCUGGCCAGCCCUUUUUCUCCUUCCCUAGGUCACGCUUACAGCUCCAGCGUUAUCCCCUCCAACUCCACCUUCUGUCAGCCCCCGAGGCCUCCCCCCAACCCCCUGACCCUGUCCAUGCCCAACCUUUUUGCCCAGUCUCCUGCUGCGGCUCAGCUUCCGCCCCAAAGCAAUACCCUGCCGCCAGCCAAGCUUUGGGGCUCUUCUAAAAUGCGGACCUUGCCCCUGGCCCACCCCGCCUCGAAAAUAGAGACCAAGGCGAGGCCCCUUGACCUCCCACUCGUCCCCCACAAGGCCAAAGUUGUAGAGUCAGUGCGGCCCCCUAGCCAACCUCGGGCUACUAAAGACCCCUUUGAAGACUUGCUGAAUAAGACCAAGCAAGAGGUUUCCGUCGCCCCAGGUAAAGCAGAACAGACGAGAUCCGUCACCCCAUGUAAAGUAGAACAGACGAGAUCUGUCACCCCAGGUAAAGUAGAACAGAUGAGAAGGCAGUGGGAAACGUUUGAGUGACUCUCCGGGGAGAAGGGGGGGCCUUCAUUCCUUUUCGGUUGUGUGUUGAGCCAGUAGGGAAGCACCAAAUUCCGUUGGAGCAAAAGGGGUAGCCAGCCAGGAGCUACUAUACCCGCGCACCAACUCCUGUUGGUAGCAUGACCUGGCUAAACACUACUAGGACCACACACACACACACGGAACCUGGAACCUUCACGUUCCCUUCCCAUGGAUACCCGUCUUCUUUUACGCCUUCAGAGUAGCUGAGAAAAAACCACUGGGGGCGGUAGAUAACCCGAAGCGUCCAAAUUUCGUCCAGGCAUCUACUGAACUGUUCCUUUGUCAAGAGGUAUUUUCACGUGGCCACGGUGCUCCCCUCUUCCCGCACCCAUUAGGACCCCCUUUCCUCACCAAUGGGAUUGGUAUCGGAUUUAGGAUUUCCGCAGGCUGCGAAUCCCGUUUUUGCUUCCGGGUGUAAAUGCAGGGAUGAAUUUGCCGCUGGACUGUUGAACCGGGACUCUUCUUUUUCAUUCCAGUGCACUUUUGAUUUUGUGGACACAUGGCUGUUUGAACUCCCUGCACUGUCCCCACCCCCCCACUCACCCCCGCAACUUCUGCACACAGCAGGGAACCCUCCCAGUUUCCCUAUUGAUGUUGGAGAGCCCCACGCUGCUGGGUUGCUCGGAGGGCAAGCCCCGUUUCAGGCUCACCGGAGAAUCGGAAUCGCCAGCAGUGGACCUUUUUAGAGCAAGACACAGGAUGCCCCUAUCAGGUUUCCCCAAACUCUUGUACAACUGUGUGUGAAUAUAAUAUAAUCUAUAGAUAUAUAGAUAUAUAAGUGUUACUAGGUGGCAGUAAUUGGAGUAGAUGUAAUCGUACCUUAUUACCAAAAAGGGAGACUACCAAGGUGUAAAGAGUUCUUGUUUGCGGUGUGCCGCAUCAAAGCACCCCAAAGCUAAAAUUGUAGACCUCAAAGGGUGACAAGUGUGGGCUUUUCUCAGCACGUUUUGAAUCUGUGUGUAAACUGCUCUUUAGUAAAAGCGGCUUUUUCCAACCUGCUUCUUCCGGGCGUUUUUGGACUGCAAAUUGUUUUCACCCCAAACCAGUAGAAUCCUAGAAUCCUAGAGUUGGAAAGAGACCACAAGGGCCAUCCAGUCCAACCCCCUGCCAAGCAGGAAACACAAUCAAAGCAUUUUUGACAUAUGGCUGACAGCAACGCGUGGCCGGGUCAGCUAGUAGAAUCCUAGAGUUGGAAGAGACCACAAGGGCCAUCCAGUCCAACCCCCUGCCAAGCAGGAAACACCAUCAAAGCAUUUUUGACAUAUGGCUGACAGCAACGCAUGGCCGGGUCAGCUAGUAGAAUCCUAGAGUUGGAAGAGACCACAAGGGCCAUCCAGUCCAACCCCCUGCCAAGCAGGAAACACCAUCAAAGCAUUUUUGACAUAUGGCUGACAGCAACGCAUGGCCGGGUCAGCUAGUAGAAUCCUAGAGUUGGAAGAGACCACAAGGGCCAUCCAGUCCAACCACCUGCCAAGCAGGAAACGCCAUCAAAGCAUUUUUGACAUAUGGCUGACAGCAACGCAUGGCCGGGUCAGCUAGUAGAAUCCUAGAGUUGGAAGAGACCACAAGGGCCAUCCAGUCCAACCACCUGCCAAGCAGGAAACGCCAUCAAAGCAUUCCUGACAUAUGGCUGUCAAGCCUCUGCUUAAAGACCUCCAAAGAAGGAGACUCCUCCUUGGCAGCAAAUUCCACUGCCGA